AUGGUCGGAAUUGUUGAUGCAAUAGUGGAGAUAGAAGGGAUUGUUGUUGGGAUUUGGAGAGAGGGCAGUGGAGGCAGAGUAGUUGGAAGAGUAGGCAAUGGGGUAGAGGGCAAUGGUGGCAACGUGGCCAGAUUUGGUAGAGUUGGAAGGGUAGGCAAUGGUGUUGAGGGCAAUGGAGGCAAUGGUGUUGAGGGCAAUGGAGGCAAUGUGGCCUUGGGCAGAGUUGGCGCAGUUGGAAAUGUAGGCAAGGUGUUUGAGGGCUUGGGAAGUGUUGGUAUUGAAGGCAAUGGAGGCAGUGUUUGUUUUGGCAGAGAUGGGAUUGUAGGGAAUGCCAAUGCUGGAGGUGGAGCUGCUGCCGGUGUGUCCAAAAGGUAG